ACAGCUGUUAUGUUCCGUUGGGUCCGGCGUCGAAAUAUUGCUCCAAAAGUUUUAUUGUUCUCUUCCGUGUUUAGGGUUUCAUUUGUAGUAUAAUUGUCGAAUAUGAUUUCAUUUUAUGUGUUCGACUAUGCUGAUUCAGUGGACAGAUUCUUCAUAUGUCGAAAUUGUCUGAAAAAUCGAAAGAUAGUGCAAAACACUGAAUCGCCGAUAUCAAACCGCGCUGUUAAUACGAUCUGCACGAACUCGAUAGAACUUAAUGAUUUUCUACUGAACUUGCACUAUUUCCCCAUGUAUCGGCUUAAAAUAGCAAAUGCUAUGUUAUACUAUAAUGGUAAUGAUAGACACCAAACAUUGGCAAUUAAAGUGUUCCCACCGCUUAGAGAACCGAUCGAUUACAAAUGGGGAGAGCGCGCCAACCGCAUGCUUUGGGAACGAAUAGAACUGGAUGAGAUGAUGUCUUGGUUGUCAACGCUUGGGGGAGCAUUUUCAGCCCUUGGAGACUACAAAUUGGCAUGCGCUGACAUUGCCGGCAAGAUAUCGAUGCAGCAAAUGAAACUUGCCAUGAGAUUGGGAGAACCGUCCCUUAUUGCCCGGUGUCGAUUGUUCACGGCUAUAGCAAUGACUCAAAAGUACAACUUUGCGGGCGCCAAGCAAAUUGUCCAGCAAGUGUAUCGAGCAGAGAAGCGGAAAAGUGAACUAGAUCAGCGAUUGAUGAAAAUGUGCCUUGGGAUUUGGUCUAAAUUAAGCUAUGAGUAUGAUUUGUAUCAAAAACGAUUGAAUCGGCCCAAAAAGUAAGGUAGGAAUGUAUACGUCGGUUUUGAUUGAUUUGGUGCUGAAUACACAAAAUUAUGGUUUAAA